AUGUCCGGUAGAAGCGAUAGCAAACUUUUGAGUUUAAAAGUAUCUGACACAGUUGGCGAUUGGGUUGUAAUCAAGAAAUUGGGUAGAGGUGGCUGUGGAACUGUAUUUGAAGUAUGUACAAAACAUGCAAAUGAAACAAAACAUGUAGCGAUGAAGGUGGAAUCGCGCGAUUUGGGUCACAAUGACCAAUUACUUCGAGCAGAAGCAAAUAUCUUGAAGCGUAUGCAAUAUUCCAAACAUGUUCCUAUUUUCAUCGCAGCAGGUCGUACAGCAAUGUUUAAUUUCCUGCUUAUGGAAUUACUCGGGAAAUCACUCAGCGAAUUACACAAAAUAGCACCACAUCGACAAUUCACAAUGGCUACAGUUCUGAAAAUUGCUCUUCAAGCUCUUAAUGCUAUCCGUGAUCUCCACAGCGUCUACUUUGUACACCGGGAUAUAAAACCAGGAAAUUUUGCAAGCGGUUUAAAAAAUGUUAAUGUAUUGUAUAUCCUGGAUUUCGGUCUAUCACGACAAUUUGCUACAUAUGAUACGACAACUAAAGCGCUUAAAUUACGAAAGCCACGUGCACGUACAUCAUUUCGUGGUACCGUCGCAUACUGCAGCAUCAAUGUACAUAAACAUUUGGAACAAGGACGUCAUGACGACUUAUGGUCAAUGAUGUAUAUGUUAAUUGAGUUCAUUACGGGCCGUUUACCAUGGAAAGGCUUAAAUCGGAAAGAAACUGCUGUUAUUAAGCAAACGAUCAGUAAUAGGAGAUUGCUCCAGGGCUGUCCGAAACAAUUCGGUGUUAUCUUGGAUUAUAUCUCGUCGCUUCGCUAUCAUCAUCGACCCGAUUAUGACCAAAUUGAAAAUCUAUUCAUAGCUGUCAUUCAACGACGUAACAUCGACCGGAAAGCCCCUUUUGAGUGGGGGGACCCGAAAGCUUACGAAUAUAUUUCUCAUGUGAAAGGACCAAAUGAAAAAGCAGGAGUAAUGACAGCUAUAACGAAACAGUUAAAAAAAAGAUGGCAGUAG